GAAUGAACCCAAACUCUCGCGAGAACUGCUGAGGGUAUUUAAACGGCGCGACGGCGCUCCCUCGGCCUUGUUGGAGUUCGGGAGCAGAAGGAGCAGAGUGUGAGCAGAACAUGGCUGAUAUUGCUGAAACAGAAGACUCUGCAUUAGACUGUGAUGAAGACUCUGACCAAGGUCCUUCUCAAGGCUUACCACAGUUAGAAGUGUGCUCAGCUGCCUCUUUUCCUGAUCACCAAGUUUCAAAGAAGAGAAACUCUGGAUUGUGUUCACUGAAGCAGUCAAGAAGGAAAGCUAAAAAAGCAAGGUGUGGACCGUCUUCUGAAAAUACAGUCGGUGGCCGGACACUAGGUGUUUCUUCAACUGGUUCUGUAAAAUCGAAGAGUUGUCUCAAAUUGCCUAAACCUAAAAUUGACGUCAGAGCAUUUUUUGACUAUUACUUUGUAAGGAAGCAGCAUAGGAAGAAGCGUUGGAGGACCAAAAGGUGGUGGCUGUAUGAGAAAGAAACUACAACAUGUCGGAAACAAAGGAAACGAAGGAAAUCUCCAAAGGGACAGUAUCCAAAAAUCUCAGUGAUUGAGCGGAAGAAGAGAUAUAGAGAUAGAGGCCUUCAUUUUCCCUUUUUGGAGAAACUCUGUGGACGGAGAUACCUGCCAUUUAAAUAUGUGCAUCGCUAUGAGCAAGCAGCUUUACAAGGAUACCUCAGAUACGUUGAAGCUCUGAAAUGUGAGCAGCACCUUAAAAAGUCUUUGACAAAAUUGAAUGCUGUGGAUGAUCUAGAAAAUGAGAGUCUGGAGUCACGGAAAUACAAAUAUCUGGAUGAUGAUGGUUCUCUUUCUCCCAUUGAAGAGACAAGUGAAGAAGACCAAAAUAAGAAUUCCAGCAAUGAUGACAUUGGUGCCAGGAUAGUGGAGAUAAGUUCCUUCGUAUUAAGUAGUAAAAUUCCAGAGAAGAAGAAGAAAACCAAUAAUAAAUCUAGAUAAAUGUGACCCUGUGAGAAGAAUGUGUUGAAGAAUGCUGCUAAGGUGCUAGAUUCCUAGUAAACUUAUAAAUAAAAAAGGAAUUGUAAGAUGAAUGAACUCUAUAAUAGAGCUUUGGAAAUGACGAUGGCUCCAAGACCAUAUGAGAGUCACUGUUGUUCAUCUAACCAGAUUGUGGCCAGAAUGAUUGCUUCAGUUCAACUGACACUCACUGAAUUGCAUUCUUUGGCACAGAAGACUUAUUUAUCCAUAUGUGUUCCGAUGUCUUGCUAUACAAGUGUUAGGUUUGUUCUGCUGCAUUCUCUUCUACUUGUUAUCUUCUCCUGGUUAAAAGCACAGAGGGUUCCUGUUCAGUUGGGUUUUCCUUGCCUAAAGAUCUAAACAGCAGAGUGUCAAAAAAGACUGGGAAAGGCCCAACACUCAACUUAUGUGGCUUGAAGUAUCAUGACUAUAUCUCAAGAACCGUGUUGAAAUGUCACAGUACAUCUUGGAAGAACCACCACUCACUCGUGUACUUUGUAACGUUCCCUCCCUUGUUUAAAUAUAGGUACCUAGUGUCCAUACUUUCUGAAUGCUUGCUUUUUCUGCAAGACUUCCCAGCUGAACUAUAUAUAUCAUGUGGAUCUAUCCUCCUUUUUUGACUGAGGACUUUAACUGAUUAGCUUUUUUCAUAUUUAAAAAAAUCAUUUUGCUAACCUAUUCAGAAUUGAAUGGUACACAGUCUCUUGCAUGGGCCAAACAAAUUUGAAGGUAGUGGCUAGAAAUAACACCUAGUGAGGCUAUACCUUUACCUAUCUUGCUUCUUAGUUGGCCUUCAUCCCAUAGACGAGAGAAUCAUCAAAUUGCUGACAUUGGUGAUGCUAAAUUGUCCCCCCCAAAAAAACCCGGAUGAUAAUCAGCAUUGUCUUAUAAAAGAGGAGUCCUUCUGAAGUCAUUUCUCAGAUGCAGCAGAGAUGAUUAAAGCAACUACUCCAUUCUGAAGGAAUCUGGAUAAUGUCCAUCUGUCUUCUAAAUAAUUAGCUAACUUUUUCAGGUAGGAAUUAAUAGCAUGAGUACAAGGAAGCUGCUACUCCUGGGGAAAAGAGACACGCAAACACCUUCAGGCAUGAACGUUGUUUUAAUCACACUAUACCAUGUUCUAAAGGACAUUUGUGAGAAGUUUCUUUCUUAGUGUGCCUCUGAAGACAGAUUUCAGCAGAACCCUGUUUUAGGUUGCCUGAAGUUCAGCUUGUUGAAGAGUUUUAUUUUAGCAUCUUUGUUUUAAAGCAUCUUUGCUCACAAUGUUGGGCUCCAGCUAGUGUUUAAAGGUUCUUAACCACUGCAGCACGUUGGAAGAACUACUCCAAAUUAGAUGGCUGUUCAUCUGUUACAUUCUGGCGUUAAGCAGCAUUUGAAAGCUAUUUUUAAUAAACUGAUGAGUCUAGCAUCUUC